AAAACGCGUUCUGUGUGAACGAGCCUUAAGCCAACGUUAUAUAUGCUCCAGUUACAAUUUCCUCGUUUGAUUUAAUUAUGGACAAUUGCAUUUACCCAUCUCAGCUGUUUAUUUCUCCUCAAGUCAUCUUUCAAAGGGUCUGUGCAAUAACCAGCCUCCAAAAAACUGCCAUUACGGACACUGAUGCCAGACAAUCUACAAAGGAAGAUUAUUUGUCAACGUCUGUUAGUGUUCAAGGACAAGAAUACUUCAAGAACCCUCAAGUUUAUUUAAAAAACAGUCGAGGUCAGAAGAGCCUUGCAAACUUUGCAAGGGUGCCGUCCAAAAGCAUGGAGAGACCGGAUGUUAAACCUAGACGAUCCAAGUUCCUCCCAAGGCUAUACACCAUAAAACGUGGACCUUUUGGUCACCUUAAAGCCAUCACCAAAACAACUGACCUCAGGUUCUGCACGGGAAUCAACCACCUUUCCAGAGACCUUCAAAGCUCAGGACUAAACGCUUGUUUUAUCCAAACUGUAACGGCGACAAAAAUGGUUUGUGGGAUUGAAAGGUAUAAGUGCGCAGGCUGUCUGUGCUACUACAAUAAGCUGGAGCAGCUGAUGGCACACAUAAAGCAGGGCUGGAUAGAAGGCUACAGCUGCAAAGCAUUCUACCGUAAGCUGAAGGACAUGCAGGACUGCAGGGAGUUACUGACCGUACGUGAAGAAAAAGCAGCAGCUUCUGAAAGCGACCCUCGGCUCAGUGCCUCCUCGAGUCUGAGGCAGAGCGCCGGGGACGAGAAGUUGAACAUGAUCCUCAAGUGGCUGCAGGACAUAACAAUAUAACCAAGGUCUAAAGUCAUGUCAAGUUGUUGGGAAGGAUUUCAUUAAAACUUUAUGGCUGCUUUUUUUUUUCAAGUUU